AUGCUUUACCCUGUUUUCAUCUACGUUUAUUACAAUCACUAUGACACCUACCUUGGAUCAGAAGAAUGGACAUUUGUUGCACUUGGUAGUAUUAUUACACUGCACGCCAUGACAUUUUUGGUGUGUCAAUGGAGUGUGGAUGUCAAGGCACUUUUCACCUGUGUCAAGGAAAAUGAUGUGAAAAAGGCAGCUAUGCUCAAGAUCGUGCCUUAUCGUUACCAAGGCAAAGGUACACUUGUGCCUCUUGAGCACGCCAAGUCUAUUGAUAACUCUGAAGACAUCAUCUCGUUCGUAUUUCAACAAAAGAAGUUUAUCUGGAAUUUCGACAAGAAACAAUUUCAAAAGCUACUCUAUCCCUCUGAUCUCAACCACACUGUGGGCUCCUAUCAAAGCACCAAGGGGUUGACUACUCAGAAAGAGAUUGAAUCACUCACUCAUGCCUAUGGUCUAAAUAAAUUCGAAAUCCCUUUGCCUACGUUUAUGGAACUAUUCAAAGAGCAUGCUGUUGCUCCCUUCUUUGUGUUCCAAAUCUUUUGCGUCGGUCUCUGGUGUUUGGAUGAAUACUGGUACUACUCGCUUUUCACACUGUUUAUGUUGGUGGUCUUUGAGUGCACUGUCGUCUAUCAACGUCUUCGUACAAUCGGGGAGUUCCGUGGCAUGAACCAAAAGCCCUACCCUGUGUAUGUCAAGCGAGAGAAGAAAUGGGUACAAAUUCAAAGUGAUGAUUUAUUGCCUGGAGAUGUGGUUUCCAUUGUGCGUACAAAGGAAGAUCAGGGUGUUCCUUGUGAUUUGGUCAUUGCCGAUGGUUCCUGUAUCGUCAAUGAAGCUAUGCUUUCUGGUGAAUCUACUCCCUUGCUGAAGGAGUCCAUUGCUCUCAGAGACCCCAAUGAGGAAUUUGACAUGAACGUGACAGACAGAUUGAAUGUGCUUUACGGUGGUACCAAGGUCUUGCAGGUAACAACACCCAAGAACGAAGCUCCCCCUGAUGACGGCUGUGUCUGCGUGGUUGCUCGCACUGGUUUUGGCACCUCUCAAGGUGAGCUUGUGCGCACGAUGAUCUUCUCUACUGAACGUGUCUCUGCCAACAACUUUGAAGCCUUGCUGUUUAUCCUCUUUUUGCUUAUUUUCGCUAUUGCUGCUUCUUGGUAUGUCUGGCAAGAAGGUGUCAAGAAUGACCGCAAAAAGUCAAAGCUCUUGCUGGAUUGUAUUUUGAUCAUUACAUCGGUCGUUCCUCCUGAAUUGCCCAUGGAAUUGAGUUUGGCUGUCAACAGUAGUUUGGUGGCUCUCUCCAAGUAUGCCAUCUACUGUACUGAGCCUUUCCGUAUCCCUUAUGCUGGCCGUGUGGAUGUCUGUUGUUUCGACAAGACUGGUACCUUGACUGGUGAAGAUCUCGUGUUUGAAGGUGUUGCUUAUACUGAGGAUACCAAGCUUUUGAAGGCUACUGAGGUGCCUGACACAACCAAGUGGGUUCUCUCCAGUGCCCAUGCUUUGGUUCAGCUUGAAGAUGGUAUUGUGGGUGACCCCAUGGAAAAGGAGACCCUCAAGGCUUUGGAUUGGGAAUUGGGACCACACGAUGUCGUUUUCCCCAAGGGCGAAAAGGGAGGUCAUAGCUUGCAAAUCCGUCGUCGUUAUCAAUUCUCCUCUGCAUUGAAGCGUCAAUCUUCUGUCUCUACUCUAUCGCAUCCCUCUCUCAAGGGCGCCAAGACCUUUAUUGCUGUCAAGGGCGCUCCUGAGACGCUCAAGCAAAUGUAUACCAAGGUUCCUGAAAACUACGUUGAAGCCUACAGACAUUUCACUCGUAAGGGUAGCAGAGUGUUGGCUCUUGGCUACAAGAUGCUGGAUAGCACCUUGACCAACAAUCAAAUCAAUGAUCUCGCUCGUGAAUCUGUUGAAUCUGAUCUCAUUUUUGCUGGCUUCAUCGUUUUUACCUGUCCUCUCAAGGAUGACGCUAUUGAGGCUCUCAAGGAAUUGAACGAAUCGUCUCAUCGCUGUAUUAUGAUCACUGGCGACAAUCCCUUGACAGCCUGUGCUGUUGCCCGUGAGGUCGCUAUUGUUGAACGUGAAGUUUUGAUUGUUGACAGAGAUGAGGCUCGCAAAGACAACAAGGUCGUCUUCCACAGUAUUGAUGAAACGUACCGCCUUGAAGUCAACCCUGCCGAACCCUUGGAUGUUGCACUUUUGGACAAGUACGACCUCUGUUUGGCCGGUUCUGCCAUGUCGCAAUUCAUGCUUCACAAGGAGAACAUGAACAUCAUCCUCGAACACACCUGGGUCUAUGCGCGUGUUUCUCCUUCUCAAAAGGAAUACCUUUUGACUGGCUUGAAGGAUCUUGGCUACACCACGUUAAUGGCUGGUGAUGGUACCAAUGAUGUAGGCGCUUUGAAGCAGGCUCAUAUCGGUGUCGCUCUCUUGGACGGCACUCCUGAGGAUCUUCAAAAAAUUGCUGAACGCCAACGCAUUGAACGCAUGAAGGCCAUGUAUGAACAACAAAAGAGCAUAUCUGCCCGUUUCAACCAACCUCCUCCACCACCACCUCCUGCUAUUGCUCACCUCUACCCUGAAUUCGCUGCUCAACUCGCUAACCAACAAAACCAAAACCUGACACCUGCUCAAAGACGUCAAAUGGAACAAAAGAAGAAGAUUGAAGAAGCCACUCAAAAGAUGAUGGAAGGCAUGGACAUGGAAGAGCCCCCCACUAUCAAGUUUGGUGAUGCCUCUGUUGCUGCUCCUUUCACAUCCAAGCUUCGUAAUGUCACUUCUAUCAACAACAUCAUUCGUCAAGGUCGCUGUACGCUGGUUGCCACCAUUCAAAUGUACAAGAUUUUGGCUUUGAACUGUCUGAUUUCUGCCUACAGUUUGUCUGUGUUGUAUUUGGACGGCAUCAAGUUUGGCGACUUGCAAGUAACUAUCUCUGGUAUGCUGAUGGCUGUGUGUUUCCUCUGUAUUUCCAGAGGCAAACCACUUCAAAAGCUAUCCAAGGAGCGUCCUCAGCCCAACAUCUUCAAUCCCUACAUCAUUUUGUCUGUCUUGGGUCAAUUUGCUAUCCAUAUUGUGUCCUUGGUCUACAUUAACGCACUUGCCAAAUCACUGGAACCACCAAAGGAGGUUGAUUUGGAGGGAGAAUUUGAGCCUAGUUUGUUGAACAGUGCCGUCUACCUCAUCCAGUUGUCCAUGCAAGUUUCGACAUUUGCCAUCAACUACCAAGGCUAUCCUUUCCGUGAGCGUAUCCAAGACAACAAGGCGUUGUAUUACGGUUUGAUGUCAGUGGGCGGUGUCGCACUAGCUGGUGCCACUGAAAUGUGGCCCGAAGUCAAUGAUCAACUCAAGCUUGUUCAAUUCCCUGGCACUUUCCGCUACAAACUAACCCUCUGUAUGAUUCUUGAUUUCGGUAUUGCUUAUGCUAUCGAAAAGGUGGCCAAGUUUAUGUUUGCUGAUAAUCGAGCAAAGGCAAUUGCUCGCAGAAAUAAAGCUUAG